AUGACCAAGUCAGUAACCGAAGAUUUAAGAAUUCAAGGCUAUAAUGCCUUACUCACACCUGUGUAUGUCAAAGAAGAGUUUCCUAUGACUCAGCGAUCUAUGGAAACAGUGACGAAGGCUAGAAAAGAGAUACAGAAUAUCAUUGCUAAAAAGGACGACAGAGUAUUUGUGAUUGUUGGUCCUUGCUCAAUUCAUGAUACAGAAGCAGCAAAGGAAUAUGCCGAGUUAUUAUUAGAUGCAAAGAAAAAGUAUGAAAAUGAACUCGUUAUCAUCAUGCGCGCCUAUUUCGAAAAGCCUAGAACAACAGUGGGUUGGAAAGGAUUGAUCAAUGACCCUGAUAUCGACGGAAGUUUUAAUAUCAACAAGGGCUUGAGAAUCGGUCGUGGCUUACUUACCAAGCUUACUGAUAUGGGAAUGCCAGUCUCAGUCGAACUGCUUGACACAAUCUCUCCUCAAUACAUGGCUGAUCUUAUCUCUUGGGGUGCCAUUGGUGCCCGUACAACUGAAUCUCAACUCCACAGAGAGUUAGCCAGCGGUGUCUCUUUUCCUGUCGGUUUCAAGAACGGCACGGACGGAAACCUCCGAAUUGCCAUUGACGGUAUUGGUGCUGCUGCAGCACCACAUCAUUUCCUGGGAAUCAACAACUUGGGUACGAUCUGCAUCACACAUACCGCUGGAAACCCAGACUGUCAUGUUAUUCUACGUGGCGGUAACAAGGGGCCUAAUUAUGAACCUGUUUAUGUGGAAGAAGCUAAAGAGAUGCUCCAAAAGGCUGGUUUGCCUGCUGCCGUUAUGAUCGAUUGUUCUCACGGAAACUCAAACAAGGAUCAUAGAAACCAGCCAAAGGUUGCUCAGGUUAUUGCUGAUCAGAUAGCUCAAGGCGAGGAUGCACUCGUAGGUGUCAUGAUCGAAUCUCAUCUUAGAGAAGGUAGACAGAAUGUACCUGAAGAAGGUCCUUGUGCCCUCGAAUAUGGUGUGUCCAUCACAGAUGGCUGUAUCAACUGGCAAGAUACAGAAGCAGUCUUACAUAAUCUGGCACAAGCUGUUCAGGCAAGAAGACAUGGUAGAAAAAAAGAACAAUGA